AAACAAGGGGGAGCUAAACUCAAUUUGGGCAGUACACUGGAUUUUUAUUUUGGUGAUAAGACCAGAGAGGAUUUUUUUCCCAUAUUUUAACUCCUCCUUUUGACUCUCCCACCCCUACACCUCUUCCUGCGUAUGAUUUGAGGAAGCUUUAUGGUCCAUUGCCGGAGGAUCAAUGCCUUCCUCUGAUUUGGCGUUUGUUUAUUUUUAUUUUUUGCAUUUGGCUGCGUGAAAAAAAAUAAUAGGAAAGCAGAUAACAUAAAAAGAUGGCUGAAAACUGGAAGAGCUGCUUCGAGGAGGAACUUCUGUGCCCCAUCUGCCUGCAGGUCUUCGUGGAGCCGGUGCAGCUGCCGUGCAAGCACAACUUCUGCCGGGCUUGCAUCGGCGAGGCCUGGGCCAAGGAGUCGGUCAGCCGCUGCCCCGAAUGCAACAACGUUUACCCGCAGAAGCCGGCGCUGGAGAAGAACCUCAAGCUCAGCAACAUCGUGGAGAAGUUCAACACCUUCACGGCCGACGCCGCCGCCGUGGCCGCGGCAGCUGCAGCCGCUUCGACCGGUGGCGGCGGCAACACCGGCGCCGCCGCCAACUCGGCCUCGUCGGCGGCCACCAACUCGGCCUACAGCCCACUCUGCUGCCGCUACUGCCGCAACUCGCCGGCGCAGAAGGUGUGCCUGCGCUGCGACACCGGCUGCUGCCAGUCGCACGUCGGCGCGCACCUGCAGGCCGCCUCGGUCAGCGGCAGCCACUUGCUAAUCGAGGCCAGGGAUGCGCGGGCCUGGAGCUGCGCUCAGCACGACGCCUACCGGCUGCUGCACUGCGAGACCGACCAGGUGGCUGUGUGCCGUUAUUGUUACUACAUGGGCAGCCACCAUGGCCACAGCAUCUGCGACCUGGAGGUCAGGAGGAACGAGAUACGGCAAAUGCUGAUGAAACAACAGGAGAGACUGUCUGAAAGAGAACAGGAUAUCGAAGAACAAAUAUACAAAUUGAAAACCGAUAAAAGUGUGAUUGAGGAAAAAGUGCAUCAGUUGAAAGAGGAAGUGCGCUUGCAGUAUGAGAAAAUGCGUCAGAUUCUGGAAGAGGACCUGGGAAAAACUUUGGAACUGAUCGAUAAAACACGGACAAAAUUCUGCGACGAGAAUGCAUCGCAAGUACAUCAGCUAAAUGAGCGAUUGGAAGAAGCAAAAAAAUUAUUAAAUUCAGUCCAAAAAAUGUGGGACAGGACAGAGGAUAUUUCAUUCAUGAAGAAUACAAAAUCAGUAAAAAUUCUACUGGAAAGGACUCAGGCAUGUACAGGAAAUGGGUUGCCCCCACCUAAAUUUGGUCACCUCCAGCCAAAACCUUUCUUGAGUGAAAUUGGUAAGAAGGAGAAACACAUCAGAAAGUUGCUUGAAGGAACGAUAAGCACUUCGGUACCAUUUCUGCAGAGCGUCCCUGCAUACACCUGCAACAUUUCGAAUUCUGCUGGAGAAAAACGCAAGCACUCCACUGCUUUCCCAAUGCCCACGACAUCCGGUGUGGACAACGGCUUCCUAGAAGUGACGGCUGGCAAUGUUGCCAGCCAGUUCAUGGGCCAGGGUGGGGCUGUUGUCGAGAGUCAGUCGGCACAGUCCCUAGUGCCGUGCAGUUCUUCCCAACACAUCGUGGGACUGACCAGCGGCCCACAGCCCGUUCACACGGGGCCAGUCUUCAAUACUACUCACUAUCCCAACAGCACGCCCUCCCAGCAGUCUGUACUUUCCCAGUCUGUCGGCUACGGAGGCCGCAAAAUACUCGUCUGCUCUGUGGAUAACUGUUUCUGUUCUGGCGUGCCUUCUGUUUCGAACCACAAUGGACACCAGCCAUACAGCAGAUCGGGCACCUUCCCGUGGUCUGUGACGUCGCAGGAAUACGCACAUGCUCUUCCGCCUGCUCCCUCGGUACCUCAGUCCCUUAUAUCGUAUGGCAUGGGAUCAGCAUCUCACAACAACACUGCAGGCAAGAUAACUGCAGGCUACAUGACCAACGCUUCACUGAACACUACACCACAAGCUAAUCUUCUAAAUUCUGUCUAUCAUACAUUUUGAACAGUGUGCAUUUUCCUUUUUAAUUUUUCCUCUUUCUCUAAAUGUUAAUUUCAGAUCAUUUGCUUAAAAAAAAGUUAGAAAAUACAUUCCGCACAUGAUGUAAACUUUUUGUGCAAUUGAAUUCCAGUACUGGGUUUAGUGAUCCAUUCACGAAUGGAGACGUUCUGUAUUAAAUGGCUUCCUUUUUUUUUUUGUUGGUUGUUUCUGCCAGGAGUGCCGCAACCAUAACAGAAUUUUUAUAUGAAAACUCUUAGCACUUUUUUGCAGAAGCGUUUAAUAUUAGUUAAUCAUAUAGUGCUCUGGUAUAAUAGCAGCAAUAAAGCAGAGGUACCAUUUGACAGUGAAGCACAAAUUAACGCUGUGGGCAUUGGCAGAGUUUGUCUGACCUGUUGAAUAGGGGGGUCUGAGGGGAAAUGAUGCCCUGACACUGGAAGUGUUCGCGAUUGUCACACAACGUCAAGUGGACUUGUCUCUGGCAAGUCGUUGUGCGUUAAUUUUAAUAGUUACCCAGUGCUCUUUUACAAUAACUCCUUUGAGUAUGGACUUCCCACGUGGAAAAAGAAAUCAAAGAAGAAAAUAUUUUUUUCUAAAAAAAAAAAGUUCAAGGUGGGACGUUGGCUUCCUGGAUAGGGGAAACUACACCCUAAUUAAGCAUGGCAGAUUUGGCCUGUCACUUUAAUCAUAGUUUUUAAAAAAAAAUAAAAAUAAAAUAUCACAAUGGGACUACUACAAUGCAGAUUGUGAAACUGGUCAGGCUGGGUUCCUGACCAGGUAGAAGAGAAGGCAAAUGCUGUCCUGUAAGCUAUAUAUUAAUAAAUAAUUGGGAGUAUGCUUAAUGCAUAACAUGGACAUUUCUUAAAUUAGUAUUCUGUAGGAAAAGAAAACUGGAGAAUUGGGAAUCUUGUUUUAUUUCUAGAAAAUGGUGGGGAUAGAGGGUGAUUUACAAUUAUGCUCAAAAUGUUGAUCAGUUUGUCGAACAAACAUCUUUUCUGGCCCAUUGUAUCGAGUGGGCUAUUACAGUGGAACCUCAUUAUUACUAACCCAUGGUGGUCUUAUCGGCUGUGGGAUUGGGGGAGGGGAGGGGGGAGGGAUGCUUUGCUUUGCUUUGCUGAGGAUUGAGCUCCAGGUCCGAUUUCAUUCCUUUACCACAGACUGCUGGGAAAAUUGUUCCACCCCCAUUUUAAAUUUUUUAUUAUGUUUGGUUUUCCUUUCUGGGCAAUGUUGGUGGAAGUAGACUAUCCUGUGAAAGGCAAGAAGAACAUUUUAUUGUGCAAAAGAGAAACAAAAAGAUUCAUUACAAAUGGUGCCAAUGAAUCUGCUGGUCUGCAUGUUAUAACAAAGUUUAUUUCAUUGAGGGAUUGAAUUCCUUAGACUUUUUUUUCAAAAAUCAAAAAUAAAAUGGAGCUUCAGCAGGGGACCUGGGCAAAGUUUAAUGUAACAGAAGGUUUGUUGUAACGAGGUUUGGCUGUAUUUUAACUGUAUGGUGAUGGUCCAUAGAUGUUUGACCAUGGGAGCUCUGUUUUACUUUGUCCCUGCAGAAAAGGGUGAAUGUUAGUGUUUGGAAAAACUCUUGUAAUCAGUAAAAUCGAGAACUGUUGGUAUUUUGUCUUUCUCAAAUACUUAUAGUUACCAGGUUAUGCAGGGUUUAUCUUAACCACCUAUUUCAUGUCACUUUAUCAAUAUCUUCUUUUAAGGCAUUGAAUAAACAUGUAUACAUGCA